AUGCCCGCACGCGCGCUCGACCGCGCGUCCGUCGCCUCGAUCGCGCGCGCGCCCGGGACGCGACGCCCGCGCGCGACCCAUCGCCUCGCCGCGAUCGCGCGCGCGUCGGUCGUGCGCACAUCCGUGGGCACGGCCACGGUGCGAGGGACGGUGCGAAAGCAAAACGAGGACCGAUACGCGACGUGGACGAACACCCGGGGUGACGCGACGGCGCCGACGACGAUCGCGAGCGUGUUCGACGGCCACGGCGGGAGCGCGGUGAGCGAGUGGUUGCGCGAGCGAUUGAAUGACAUGAUUGCGCGCGAGUGGGCCGAGGCGGAAUUUUCGCUCGAUGCGCUGCGAACGGCGUGUUUGAAGGCGGAUAAGGAGCUGGUGCAACCGCCGGAGGGGUUCUUCGCGUCGUUCGGUGAGCGAGGCGUCGGGGGGGCGAAGUGCGGGAGCACGGCGGCGAUCGUGGCGCUGUACGAGGAGGGCGGGUCGACGCGCAUAGCCACCGCGAAUGUCGGUGAUGCGCGUAUUUUGUUGAUUCGCGACGGGAAGGCUGUGCAACUGAGCGUCGAUCACGUGCCGGAUGACGAGAAUGAACGCAAGCGCAUCGACCGGGGGAAUCCGAAUCUUCGCAAGUCGCUCGUAUCCUUCACGAAUGGAUCUUGGCGCGUCGGCGGCGUUCUCGCGCUCUCCCGCGCGUUCGGUGACUCUUUCUUGAAGGAAAGUGGUCGCUUCGAAGGUUUGGGCGAGAGGAACGCGGAUUACGGCAGUGGAUUCGGCUUGAACGCCGAGCCGGAUUGUUACAUCGAGAGCGUGACGGAGGCGGAUACGUGGAUCUUGCUCUCCUCGGACGGUUUGUUCGAGAACCCCGAGCGCGGCGGUGGCGGAGGAUGGAGAAACGAAGAAAUCGCCGAGUAUUUGGCCGCGAACACGUCGAAAGAUCCGGAGGCGCUCGCGAAGGAUCUCGUCGCUCAGGCGGUCGCCAAGGGAAGCACGGAUGACGUCACGGUGACGCUCCUGCGACUUUGA